AUCCUGCUGGAUAGUGAUCUUUACGAAAGCUACCAAGUGUUAAACAAAUCAACAUGAACCUGACUACCGAACCUACGUCGAAUUUCACCACGUUAUUGAAUGUUUCAUUUAAACCUCCUCCUUUGAUUUAUGUCAACGACCACGUCGCACAGACACUGCUGCCAGUGACAGUAGUUUUAUGGUUUUAUAUCGCCAUUGGUGUUUUGGGGAACAGUUUAGUGAUGUUUGUGUACUGGGCACGUAAGAAGCCCGUAAGAGAGGACAGGUACUUCAUCCCGUUAUUGGCACUAGUAGACUUAUUGUCGUGUGUGGUGUCUUCAGGGACUGGAAUAUAUGCACAAACGUACCCAUUAAUAUUCGAUAAUGAUUUCGGGUGCAAGAUGGCAGCGUUUCUGGGUAUUUUGUUCGCCGGAUUGUCUGCCAAUUUUCUUGUGAUCAUUGCUGUAGAACGUUAUCUGAAGGUUUGCAAACCAUUUCGCCGUCAAAUGACAAUACUGACGAAGAAAAUCGCUUUUAUUGUCAUGAUUGCGAUUAGUUUGGUGUGUUCUAUCCCUUCCCUAGGAAUUUACCGCGUAGAGGAGGUCCCCAUGAAAAUGAAAGGAGGAUUCAAAAUCCAGACGUGGAAAUGUAUUGACACAAAGGACAAAGAACACGCAACAGGUCAUAUGAUAUAUAAAAUCGCACUGUUUGUGAUAACAAUGAUAAAAUUUGUCGUUCUGGUGGUAUGUUACAGUAAUAUUUCCUUUAUCAUAUUUAAGCAGAGAAAAUACAGACACAGAAUGGGAUCGAUCACAUCAAAUGGUAGUACCUCCGUCUCAUGCAGUCAUAAGGAUGAAGAAGUCCAGCUGAAAACCCCUGCUGUUAAGGAGGAAUUCGAACAUGUAAAAGUGGUUACAAAAAAAGAAUUCGAACGAAAAAUACAACACCCAUUGGUUGGUAAUAAAACCCACAAAAGAAAGGUAACAGAUCCUGAAAGAUGUAAUCGGAAGCAAAGUGUGGUCUCAGCGACGGGAUCGCUUAGGAGGAAAGGCAGUGUGGUCGACCGACAGGGAAUCCGUCUCACCUUAAUAUUUAUCCUCGUCACUAUCAUCUACAUCAUCACUUACGGACCAAAAGUCUGGCUGAUGUUAGAACAGACCGUAAACAGACACUUCUGGUCUUCGAUUCCACCAAGUCAGCUCGUCUUUUACAGGUUUUUACACACAUUCUACAUAUUUAAUAACAUUGUCAACCCCAUUGUGUACGGAAUCAUGGACAGGCGCUUUAGAUCGGAUUUAAGGAGUUGUUUUAAAAUAUGUGAGUAAAUAAAUGACUAAUAUGGCUCCCUCAUCCGUGCUUAAGAGGAAAGUUUUCUAUCUUGGGUACUAAAACUAUAGACAGAUUUCACAAAUAAAAUGUAUGUCAUUUAAAUAUCUGUUAUGAUAAAACAGUGGUACAGUCAUAUUGAAGCUGGCUUCAUUCAAAGCGGAAAUAUCAUGUCAUCAUCUCAGUUUUGAAAAAGAAAAUUUCUUAUCGGUGUGAACGCUAUGAAAAAAAAAAGUUCUUUUUUAUCGGUGUAAAUAAAUUGAGAAAAAUUGUGUAUUUUCUUUUUUAACACUAUUAAGUUAAGUGACACACAAGCCAUUCUGAUGGAUUGA